AUGCCGUCUCCGGUGUCCGUGGUCUGCGUGGGCAUGGCAGGCUCAGGAAAGACGACGUUUAUGCAGAGAAUUAACUCCCAUCUUCACGAAAAGAAUACGGUGCCAUAUGUCCUCAACCUCGACCCAGCGGUGCAUUCUGUGCCCUUCGAUAGCAACAUUGAUAUCCGGGAUUCGAUCAACUACAAGGAAGUGAUGAAACAGUACAACCUUGGCCCCAACGGAGGCAUCUUGACCUCCCUCAACCUGUUCGCCACCAAGGUCGACCAAAUCAUCUCUCUCCUGGAAAAGCGCACUGCUCCGAAUCCCGAAAACCCUUCCGCAAAGCCCAUCGAACACAUUCUGAUCGACACCCCUGGCCAAAUUGAAGUUUUCGUCUGGAGUGCCUCGGGUAGUAUUCUUCUCGAGACUCUCGCAUCAUCAUUCCCGACAGUCAUCGCAUAUAUCAUCGACACACCCCGUGCCAGCUCUACCAGUACCUUUAUGAGCAACAUGCUUUACGCAUGCAGUAUCUUGUACAAGACCAAGCUACCCAUGAUCCUCGUUUUCAACAAGACCGAUGUCAAGGACGCUGAAUUUGCCAAGGAAUGGAUGACCGACUUUGAUGCAUUCCAGCAGGCUUUGCGACAGGAAGAAGAAGCAGGCGCCUUCGGAACCGAAGGUGGUGCUGGCGGCUUCGGCUCCGGUAGUGGAUACAUGGGAUCUCUGCUGAACAGCAUGAGUCUGAUGCUGGAGGAGUUCUACCGCCACUUGAGCGUUGUUGGUGUCAGCUCCAUGACCGGCGACGGUGUCGACGAGUUCUUCGAGGCCGUGGAAACCAAGCGACAGGAGUUCGAGCGUGAUUACAAACCCGAGCUGGAGCGCAAGAAGAAGGAGCGGGAAGAGCAGAAAGAAUCCCAGCGGGAGCUUGAACUCGGAAAACUAAUGAAGGAUAUGAGCGUCUCUGGAUCUAGCGCACGGACACAGAAAGGUCCUAGCCACGAGCCUGAGACUGUCAGUGAGGCCGAAGAUGAUGAAGACGAUAUUAUCAAGCGCGGCUUGGCUGAUGGCGAGGCUGAUAGUGACUAUGAAGACUAUGAGGGAGCUGAUGCGGGCAACGAUGAGGGUCUCUCCCAGCGUUACAAGGAAGCACUUUCCGGUUCACAGAGUGCCCCUUCAAACCAGGACAACAGCUUCACAAGAUAUUUGCGCGCGAGCCAAAUGGGCCAGUGA